AUAAGAGGUAGACAGGUGGCGGUGAAGCUAGAGGCGCCUUCCCGCGUGUGGUCGUGGCAGUAAACAUACACCAGCUGACCCGAAGUUCACUGACAGCCGUCAUUCCAACAUGGGCUUCUUCAGCUUUGACGUGCGAAGGUUUGACAUCUACCGGAAGGUCCCCAAGGACCUGACACAGCCCACAGUAACCGGUGCAGUGAUCAGCAUUUUAUGUGUUGCUUUCAUCCUGCUGCUGCUGUUCCUGGAGUUCUUCCAUUUCUUGUCUGGUGAGCUUGUCCAGGAAUUACAUGUUGAUAACCCUGGAGAGACAACAGAGAGAAUUCCAGUAUACAUUAAAGUGGAGUUGCCCCGUCUGAAGUGUGAAUAUAUUGGUUUGGAUAUUCAGGAUGACCUUGGCCGUCAUGAAGUUGGGUUUGUGGAAAACACAAACAAAAAUCCCAUUGGUGAAAAAGGGUGCAUGUUUGAAGCAAACUUCUUCAUAAACAAGGUACCAGGGAAUUUCCACGUGUCGACACACUCAGCAGACCGACAACCCGACGAGAUUGACUUUGCUCAUGUAAUUCAUGAGUUGCGGUUUGGAAAGAAACUCAGCCACCCAGACAUUGUGGGAAAAUUUAAUCCUCUUCACCAACGCUCCAAGCUUGAUGGGAAUUCCUUGGAGUCUCAUGAUUAUGUUAUGAAAGUUGUGCCAACCAUUCAUGAGGAUGCUAUUGCCUACCAGUACACACAUGCCUACAGGAGUUAUAUUUCCUUUGGUCAUGGUGGUCGUGUGGUACCAGCUUUGUGGUUCAAAUAUGAUCUCACCCCCAUCACAGUCAAAUAUCUCAGGAAGAGACAACCCUUCUACUCCUUCAUCACUAAGACAUGUGCAAUCAUUGGAGGAACCUUCACAGUAGCUGGCAUACUUGACUCUCUAGUCUUCUCAGCUUGGCAGAUUAUCAAGAAAAUAGAGAUUGGAAAACAGAGCUGAAUCUUUUUUUUUUACAUAGCACAUGUACAUCUGAUAUGAGUGUAAGUAUGAAUGCUUAUUUUCAAUUCUUUUUUACUAAACUUUAUUGAAUUUGUAUGUUUGACCUCUCAUGUUUAAUAUUAAAGAUGUUAUCUCCAGAUAUAAAUUGUUGUAGCAUAAUGUUAAGAAAAUUCUCAUUAGUCCCAACUCACAAAUAGUAAUGAUUCCCAACAAGGAUGACCAUCAUAGUAUAAUCCUAAGGAUCUCCAUGUAUGAAAGUCUUCCCUUACUUGGUAUUUGUGUUCAUGUGGAGAACCUUUUAAAGGGUUGUGAUGGUUAGGAAAGACCAGUUUGUUAUGUUUAUUUCUUAUCAACUCUUACUUUUUUACACAAAGACAACUUGUUACAUGAAGGAAGGGAGGUUUUUAGUGGGAUAUCAUUGGUAUUAUUCACCAUGGCAUUGUAGUGGCUCUCUGCUAGACUUAAUUAACUCAGUUGUUCAUUUCAGUCAUGAUGGAACAACAACCAAAAGAAUGUUUAUUCUACAUUAAAUCCUUCACAACUUUCUCUCUCUCUCUCUCUCUCUCUCUCUCUCUCUCUCUCUCUCUCUCUCUCUCUCUCUCUCUCUCUCUCUCUCUCUCUCUCUCUCUCUCUCUCUCUCUCUCUCU